AAACUACGACAAGAAGAAAGCUUUAAGAAUUGUUUCAACAAUAAACAAUGUUACUAACGAUAAUAUAAAUAAAAUUUCGAUCAAUGCCAACUUAAAGAAAAAAUACUUGGUUAUUUUCUGCUACUGAGUUGGUAUCGAUUGCACGUAUCACACGAAAGCAAUACUUUUGAGAGUGCUCGAUUGUGCGAAGCGUUGCUCUAGUUAAAACAUUAAACCACGGAGGAUAGAUACCAGGAGUCCCAACGAUAUAGGAUUUUUCACAUUUUUUGUGAAUUAUUUUUAUUAAAAAAUGGGAAAGUGUUGUGCCGUUUAUGGUUGCCUUAGUGGCCKAAAGGCAAGUGAGAAUUUAGGAAAAGUGGCUUUAUUCAAAGCACCAAAAAGCUGUCAAUAGAGCAACAAGACUUCCCGCGUAAGUAUUUAAACGAGUACUCUGUGAAAAGCAGCGCGCCCUAUCGGCAAAAUAUCUUGUCCCCUAAAUUAAUACCAUUCUUUCAACAUUACGUUCGGACUCCUGGUAUUUAUCCUCCGUGUAUCGCAUUAAGCGCUUUUGGAAAACCACAAUGGCGUAUUAUGGAAGUGAUGAUCACCACAAUAAAUUGUCUUGGAUUUAUAAAAGAAAACUCAAAUUAAAACGAGCUGAAAAUCGAAGAAAAAAGGAAGCCAUUAAUAAAAUAAAUGAAACUGCAACAAGGAUUGUUGUUCGCAAUCUACCAUUUGAAAUAAAAGAAGAUGAGGUUAGAACGUUGUAUAAAAAAUAUGGAGAAAUAGAAAAAAUAAUUCUUUUUGGUCAGUCGUUACCAGGUUGUGCAUUUAUAGAUUUUAAACGUAUACAAGAUGCAUCCAAAGCAAUAUUCAAUACAAAUAAAAUCGAAUUUUUAGGUAGGACGAUUACCUGCGGAUGGGUUCUUGAAAAUUCGAAACUUUAUCAAAAGUCAAAGAAUAUUACUGAAACCGAUAAUAAAAAUAAACCUUCCAAUUCCUCAUUAAAAAGAAAAAAUACAGAUAAAAAAAAUGAACAACACAAAUCUCUAACAUUACGAGAAAGUAAUAAACCAAAACAAAUGAGAAAACAUUAAUAGUCGUGUAAGAAUAGAAUGUAUUGUUUUCUAUUUUGCUAAAUAAAAAUCUAAUGAUCAAUA